AUGGCGACAGUCCGAAUCUGCGUCUGCGGUGACGAAGGCACUGGCAAGUCCAGCCUCAUCACCUCGCUGGUGAAGGGUGUCUUCGUCACGAACAAGAUCCAGCCCAUCCUCCCCCAGAUUACUAUCCCCCCUACGAUUGGAACCCCCGAAAAUGUGACUACAACCACCGUCGUCGACACCUCGGCCGUGCCGCAGGAGCGAAACAAUCUGGCGCGCGAGAUCCGGAAAUCCAAUGUGAUUCUCCUUGUCUAUUCCGACCACUAUAGCUACGAACGUGUCGCAUUGUUCUGGCUACCAUACUUCCGAUCGCUUGGUGUAAACGUACCCGUCGUGCUGUGCGCAAACAAGUCAGACCUGGCGGCGGAGCACAGCGAGGCGCAGGUCAUCGAGGAGGAAAUGCUACCCUUGAUGUCGGAGUUUAAGGAGAUUGACUCAUGCAUUCGGACGAGUGCUCGUGAGCAUAGAAAUGUGAACGAGGCUUUCUUCGUCUGCCAAAAAGCCGUCACUCAUCCGAUCGCGCCCCUGUUCGAUUCGAAGGAGGCCGCCCUGAAGCCCGCGGCUGUCUCCGCGCUACAGCGCAUUUUCUACCUCAGCGACAAAGAUCGAGACGGAUACCUGUCGGAUAAGGAGAUUGGGGGUUUUCAGACACGGUGCUUUGGAAAACCACUCAGUGACGAGGACCUAGCCCACAUCAAGGAGACCAUCCAGAAAGGAUAUCCAGAGUCCGUGACCGAGUCGGGAAUCGACUGCCAGGGAUUUAUUCAUCUGAACAAGCUUUACGCGGAAAAGGGUCGCCAUGAGACGGUCUGGAUUAUCCUGCGCGCAUUCCAAUAUACCGACAAUCUCUCAUUACAAGAAAACUUCCUCCACCCUCGGUUCGAAGUUCCGCCUUUCGCUUCCGCUGAGCUCUCACCGGAAGGAUAUCGCUUCUUCGUGAAUCUGUUCCUGCUGUCUGAUAAGGACAACGAUGGCGGGUUGAAUAACGCAGAAUUGGCAUCCUUGUUUGCUCCUACUCCGGGUCUGCCUGCGUCAUGGGCCGACGGUUCAUUCCCAUCUUCGACGGUCCGUAAUGAAGCAGGGCAUGUUACUCUCCAGGGUUGGUUGGCUCAAUGGAGUAUGACGACUUUCAUGUCACCGAAAACGACGCUCGAGUACCUGGCGUACCUGGGCUUCGAGUCCUCCGACCGCAACAACACCUCUACUACCGCCGCGUUGAAGGUAACGAGACCUCGCAAGCGCCGGCGGCGCCCUGGGCGGGUGGGACGAAAUGUGGUCCAAUGUCAUGUUCUUGGAGCGCCCGGCUCGGGCAAAUCGGCAUUGCUCGAUGCUCUCCUCUCGCGAGGAUUUAGCACAACAUACCACCCCACCAUUCAGCCUCGUACGGCCGUGAACACAGUCGAACUCCCCGGUGGCAAGCAGUGCUACUUGAUCAUGGAUGAACUAGGCGAGUUGGAGCCUGCAAUCCUGGAAAAUCAGGCGAAACUCCUCGAUCAGUGCGAUGUUAUCGCUUACACCUACGACUCCUCUGAUCCGGACUCCUUUGCAUAUAUCCCGGCUUUGCGGGCCAAAUAUCCUCACUUGGAAGAGUUACCCAGCGUCUUCAUCGCGCUCAAAGCUGAUUUGGACCGCACUACUCAGCGGGCCGAGCAUCAGCCGCACGAGUACACUGCCAUGCUGAACAUUCCCACCCCGCCCCUCCACGUCAGUGUCACUUGGACUUCUAUCCAGGAAGUGUUUGUGCAUAUUGCCGAAGCCGCAAUGGAGCCCAGCACUGCAUUCCCACGCAGCGAAGAAGACGUUGAAGGGAAAUGGAUGGCGUGGGGUAUCGCCUUUGGGGCUGUGGUCUGUGCGGGGGCCGCAGCGGUCAUGAUUUGGCGACGAGUCAGUGGUAGCGGGUCAUAA